UCUACCAAUUCCUUAGAGCCAGCUUCCUCCUACCUUGCAAAGCCACCAUGGCUCAAGAACAAGCUGAGACCAAGUACAUGGGCAUCGAGCAAGAAAACGAGAGCCUUACAUCCUCGCUUCCUACACGAGAAGGCUGGUGGGAGCCGUUCUUCCUAUUACAAGGCUGCUGGCUCUCCACCAAAAUGACGAGGAGCGUCAUGGCCAUGAAACCCCAGUUCCACCCACGGCAUGACGACAUCAUCCUUGCCACGCAUCCCAAAUGCGGCACCACCUGGUUGAAGGCCCUUGCUUUCACCGUCAUCAACCGCUCGACUCACCCCGCCGUCGCCAGCUAUGAUCACCCGCUGCUCUCCCACAACCCUCAUGAUCUCGUCCCAUACCUAGAGAUUCCUUUCCGAGACCUCCACCCAGUCACAGAGCUAGAUGAGAUCCCAUCUCCAAGGCUCUUAUCCACACACCUUCCACUCACCUUAUUGCCCUCAAGCACAUCAACCCUUAGCCGGGUCGUGUAUCUGUGUCGGGAGCCCAAGGAUGUGCUUGUGUCCUUCUGGUACCACAUCAAGACGGUGCGCCCAGACAUCCUUAUAGAGUUUGAUAGGUCCUUUGAGUUGUUCUGUGAAGGUUUCUCAUUUUACGGGCCUGUGUGGGAGCACUAUCUUGGGUACUGGAAGCAAAGCAAGAUAGAGCCUGAAAAGGUUCUGUUCCUGAAGUACGAUGAGAUGGCCGCUGAACCAACCAAGCAUGUUAAGAUGCUCGCCGAGUUUCUUGGUGUUCCAUUCACCGAUGAGGAGGAGAGCCGCGGAGCUGUGGAGGAGGUGGUGAGACUCUGUAGCUUCCAGCACCUCAAGAGCCUACCGGUAAAUUCACAGGGAGUGACUGAACGCAUUGGUACGGAUAAUUCGUUACUUUUUAGGACCGGAAAGGUUGGAGAUUGGGCAAACCACAUGACAGUAGAGAUGGCACAGAAGCUGGAUUGCAUUACGGAAGAGAAACUGAGAGGAUCUGGACUUACCUUUUGAUGCGUGAGUAUAUUGUACUUUGAAUGGGAGUUCAGAUUUUUCAUGUUUGGUUGUGAACGUUUCUUAACUGUUGGAAUUAAGGGUUUUGUUGUACAAAGUCUUUUGUUUUUUAUAUCUCUUACUAAACAGCAGUUGGGUCUGCUGAGUAUAUAGACAUGUAAGACAAAAAUAAAUGUUUUGCAGUAUUUACGAGUUA